UGGCUUCCUAAUAUCGGGAGGAAGAGCAUUCCAUACGGCCGCAGAAACGCAUCUGAAAGCGCGCAUUCCAGUGGCCGUCGUUGUUCGAUGGUUAACCAGAAGCCGCUGCGAGGAUGACCGGAGUUCGCGUGAUGGCUUAUGCUCCUUGAGAUCAGCAAGGCAUUGUGGUUCAUUUGUGGGAAGCACUUUGUGUGUAAUGAGCACUUCGUGUAAUUGUAGCGGUGCUUAUUAUGGUGACGAUAUUGGUGCAUUUGGUGGUAUUGAUCAACGGUAGUUGUGGGUAUUAUUCCUUUCUUACUUAACGCCAUCCAAUUCUUGUGCCUCUCGCUGGAGCUGGUGUAUACUUAUGAAUGCAAGUGUGUGUGUGUGCGCGCGUGGUGUUUCUGUCAUUACACUCCACCUGACCAGUCAUGUGACUUUUCUUUUGUUUCUGGAGAUUGUGUUUAGUGCCAAAUGCACACCUUGCCCAGACACAAUGACUUUUAGAUUUGUCCAAUUGUAAUGAUGAACAUUGGCACAUUUUCUCCAAACACAGUAAAAUCUGGCCGCACCUGAAUUAGUCCUUGAAUUUGGCACGAGGAGAUCUGUGGCUUAGGGAUAUGGACAGGAGGCUAAUGUAAAAUGAACACCGAACUGUAAGUGGAAUAAAUAAUCAUAGGCAGUGGAAGAAAGGAAAGUUUUCAACCAUAACUUUAAACGGAGGACGGAGUUGGCAUACAGACGACCACACGGGCAGGAAAGUUGCAACCUUAUGGGCACCACAGUGGCGAGAUGCGAACUACCUCGCCUGGUAUAUCGGAGGUUGUGGGUUCGACCCCGACGCCUUUAUAUUUGAAGUUUGCAUGUUCUUUCUGUAGUCGCGCGGAUGUUUCUCCCGGUCCUCCGGUGAUUCCCUCUACAUUUAGAAACAUGCGUUUAAAAUAUUUCGCUGAAAUACAUUUCUAAAUGAUGGCUGCUGUAAAUUUCCACGCGAUAAUCCGCUUCAUUGAGCUAUUAUUCGUGACCAGGUCCCUUCUGAAAAUGAGCUAUCUAGCUCAGUGGGCAUUACCUGGUAGUAAUAAAUUGGUUUCACUGAAAAUACUGACAGAUGGCUUUUUAGACUGGAGCAGAGGUUAUAAGGAGGAAAACAGUGAGGUAGGAGAAGAUGGCAGGAGCAUGUCCAUAUAAAUUAUGGAAGAACAUUGUUGUAAGAGAGUUCUGAGGAUUUGAUAUUAUGGUCCCAUUGCAAAGGCGGAAGACAGAAGUUUGGCAGCAGCAUUCAGGAUCAUUGAAAUGUUUCGACGAGGUAUUUGGUGUAGCUGUAGAUGUUAAAAUAGUCAAUAGGAAAUAUUGCGAAAGCAUGGAUAAGGGUCUUGGCAGCAGAUAGGGAAAGGGAAUGCCAGGUGAUGGCACAUGCUGUGUAGUUCGGGGCAGUUUUUGCCCAACUUCCUAGAAACCUUUAAAACGUCUUAUUGUGAUGAUUGGAUAGUCAAUAUGUUUUCCUAAAUCUGUCGAGGUGGCACAGUGGUUAGACCACAUGGCUUGCAAAUGGAAGGUUUUUUCAUUUAAAAUCCAGGUUGAGGAAUCAACUAAACUCUUCAUCCCAUGGGAGGAUGAAAUAAUGAGUACCACUUUGUGGGAAGUCGGAACUUUUUCUAUAAAAUCUUGAUAAGGAUUCUAGAAUGUUCACCGUUGGCUUGGGGCCAUAAACAGAUAAGCACCUCACCCCCUUGCUUGUUGGUGUAGAUAUCUCAUUUGAUUAUCACGUCCUGUAUCAUAGUUCACCCUGAAAAUGUAUCUUAACUUUGUCAAAUAAUUACAGUUAUCAUAACCGCAGACAUGGCAAGAAAGACGGGGACGGGUGGUGUCAUGCUUCGUCAUGAAGAAGAAGAUGAAGAAGGCGCAGAUCCGCCGAGCAUGGUUGAGCUUAAGAAGCUGCUGCGCUCAGGAGGCGCUCGAUACGAACACAUGGACGAGGUGUUCCCUGAUGUCUACAUUGGCAAUGAAAAUGCAGCUCACGACCUGCGGCGCCUCGGCUCCAUGGGCUUCACGCACGUCCUGAAUGCGGCGCAUGGCUCUGGCUGCCCGGCCGUGGGGCCAGAGUAUUACGCACGUGUGGGUGAUAUCGCCUACCUGGGCCUGCCCGCCGAUGACUUCCCCAGCUACGACAUGCGUCCUCACCUGGUGCCGGCAUCGGACUUCAUCCACGCAGCUCUACAGGCGCACGGUCGCGUGCUCGUCCACUGCGUGAUGGGCCGCAGCCGCUCGGCGUCCCUCGUCCUCGCCUACCUCAUGCUGCGCGUGGGCCUUCGCCUCUGCGCUGCCGUGCGCGCCCUGCUCGCCCACCGCUCCAUCUUCCCCAACGACGGCUUCCUCCGCCAGCUGAUCGACCUGGACCGGGAACUGCUGUGCCAACGUCGACAGCCUGACUCCGUGUCACUCGGGGAAUCGCUCGGGAUUUAGCUCGACAUUGCCUAAGUGGUAUAAGAGCAGUUUCCCAACGCAGAGAGUUCAGCGAGAACAAUCCGCCAGCACUAUUGAGAUCCUGCAUUCAAUCCCCAUGGUUCAGCGUAGAAUUCAUGAAUUCAGUUUAGUGGCACCGAUGCAAAACUGUCAAGAUCCUGGCUCGGAGCUGUCUUUUCCUCGUAGGACUUCCAAUUGUAAUUUCAGACAUUAAUUCAACACUGCUGAUAUCCUGAGUUAAAGUCGUGGGGAUCAGCAUGAAUCUGUGGCUCAGGGGUGAAAUAAUUCAUAGGCUAAGCUGAAGAUCUGGGUAAUAGUCUGUGGUUGAGUGAUACAGGCCUGUGCGCAGUGCUCGGGGGUUGGUGGAUCGUGCAAGCCUCACAGACAAAUCCCGCUGAGCCGUGGGACUCCUCACCUGGAAUGCUGUUGAAUGUAUAUCGGUGAGGGGCCCACAUUUGAAUUUGUAGACUCGCUGUGAUUUUGUUCAUGUAAAUAUGAAUUUGUUUGGUUUAAUUCCAACUGUAAUGCCUAGUCUGACAGUAAGUUAUUGUGUGUGUAUGUUGAGCCUUCCUGUGAGCUCCAGUUGUGUGUGGCCUGACUGGUUUCUGGGCCCAACCAUCACCUAAAACACCUUGACGGACCACGACUGUGAAGACACGUUCCCGUGUAGGCUCGUAAAUAAAGCUCACACCACAAAGUAUAAAAAUAAUAAUUGACGUAUCUUAUCACGACACUACAUUUCAGACAAGUAUUCAAUCGCCGCAGAGAUAACAU